UUUUUUUUUUGAAAAAUUUUCUUGUUUUAGUCUAAUAAAUAAAAAAAGAAAAUGGCUUCAAUUGUUUUAAAUGAGAAUACAGAUAACAGGCUUCCGCAAGAAGGAAAAAAAGAAAGCAUUCCUGACGUUGAAAAGAUAUCUCUAGGUUCAGAGCCUCAUUAUAUUACACCUCCUGAUGGUGGAAGAGGUUGGCUUAUAGUUGUGUCUUGUUUCAUGGGUUUAUUUGCAAUGUAAGCGAAAAUACUUGUCAUUUUUUAUAGUUGAUUUAUAUAUAUUUUUUUUUAUAGUUUUGGUUACAAUUAUAGUUGGGGCGUAUUUUUAAAUUAUUAUAAAUCAAAUGUCUACAUUGGUGAAAUGAGUAAGCUGUCUUGGGUUGGUUCUAUUUGUGUAGCCUUCUUUUUCAUUACGGGUCCAAUCAAUCAGCUUCUCAUCGAAAAAAUGGGGUUUAAAUAUAUGUUGGCUACUGGUACGGUUUUAUGUACUGCAGCUUUAAUUUUAGCUAGUUUUGCAACUGAAGUAUGGCAUAUUUUAUUGACACAAGGUGUGCUAUUUGGUCUUGGUGCUUCAUUUGUGUGUCUUCCUUGUAUUGGUGCCCCACAACAAUGGUUCUCUGAAAGAAGAGGUUUGGCCAUUGGUUUAGCUAUGUCUGGUUCUGGUAUUGGUGGUCUUGUAGUUUCUAACAUUAGUAUGGCUAUUAUCAAAUCAAUUGGCUAUCGUUGGGCUCUUAGAAUUGAUGGUAUUAUCGUCUUUGUUCUUCUCUCAUUUGCCACUUGUUUCGUACGUCCCUUUGGUGAUGUUAAAAAGACAGGUGGUGGAAGAAAGAUUAUUAAUUGGUAUUUAUUUAAAAAUCCUUUAUUUACUACCAUUUUUUUGCAUGGUUUAAUUACUACCUUUGGUUAUAUGACCCCUUUCUUUUUGUUACCUUCUCAUGCUAAUGCACUCAAAUUAAGUCCUUGGGUUGGUGCUAACCUGUCUGCUAUUACGUCUGCCAUCAAUGCAGUUGCUAGAGUCUUUACUGGCUAUAUGGGUGAUAAAAUUGGACGUUUCAAUAGUUUAUUCAUCUGUACAUUUAUUUGUGGCGUACUUUGUUUAGCUAUUUGGAUUAAUGUGCAUAAUGAAAGCUCACUUUGGGCAUUUGCUGUCCUUUAUGGUUUCUUUGGUGGUGGUUAUAUCGCUCUUUUCCCUACAGUACAACCACAAAUUGUGGGUCUUGAACAUAUUGGUCCUGCUAUCGGUAUGCUUUACUAUACCAAUCUCUUUGGCUAUUUGUUUGGUACACCUAUUGCCACUGCCUUAAUUAACCUUUCAGAACCACCCAAUUAUGCAAAUGGUGCUAUCUGGGCUGGUGUCACUAUCAUUAUAGGUGCAUUAUUCGCUGGCUGGGCCCGUAUCAUGAAAGGUGGUUGGAAGUGGAUACGUAUUUAAAAUCGCUUCCAAAAAAAAAAAAAAAAAAAAAAA